AUGAGGGGGUCUUUGCCUCUUUUAUUCAACCCUGUGCUACCGCCAAGUACCGCCCGCUUGCGUUUGCUGACGUACCCGAUGGCUCUCGCUCAACCUCAUGCCUCUGUGCCUCUCAUUCAGCCAACUAUUGAUGGCACACAUGACGGCCGAAAUGGUGCGACCGUUUCAUUAAGGACACAAGCAAGAAUGCAUGGCACUGCAGAUAGCACGAUGGCAACUGCGGGGGAUAGCUCACAGAACAACAGUGUUAUGGAUUCGCCGCGCUGGUUGCGUAACCCCGAUGAGUUGUGCGUCGCCGCGCUACGGCGCAGUAGGGACGUGAACAAAAUUAACUCCUAUGUCGCCACGUAUAAGUUCGAUGAUCCUCAGUGGGCUCCGCUGCUUCUGCCGGAGGUAACGCUACGGCCACAAGUGAAUUCAACUGGUGACAAACCAAACGGUGGGAAUGAAGCAGCAGCCGACGUGGUUUCGGUUGGUCCCUCUGUUUCAGCAACUCCAGAAUCCACCCCACCGCCGCCGCCGUCAUCAUCAUCAUCGUCACCGUAUUCCUGCCACGCUGAUUGUGUAUCGAUAAGUCACAACAAAAUGAUCAUGUUGGAGUGUAUGUCCCGCCAUGUGAAUUUCUCACUGCGGCAUAUUGUACAAAAGGGACACGGUAUAUAUCUUAUUUACCAUGCGCAGCAUAGUAUUUUGCAACCAAAAGGCUUGGUGGAGCAAUCCUUUGUGACGUGUUCAUUUGGCAUCCGUGGGGAGCGCUUGCGCACAGACAUUGUGCACGUGGGUCCAAUUGACGCUGCUGAUGUCAUGGAGUUGCAACCCUCAGAGGGGCAUGACCAUCCACGAUGUUGUUUCAACCUAUACCAGAAGUCAGAUGUGAGGCGCGGUGUUAUUGCUGUCUCUCAAGUGGAGGGAUAUGGUACCUGGUUUCAGCGGAAGCCGAUGUUGUGGCAGCGCUCAAGACGAAUUGGGGCACUGCAAAGCCAGCUCGGGGCCUUUGCGUACGAUCUAGUUGACCCGCAUGAAGUGGGAAAGUGGCGUGAUUGUGAGGUUUCUCUUUUAGCACCGCAUAUGCGGUUCUUCCGCAACGGCUUGAAUGGCGCCGAGGCAGUGGGUAUUAUUGCCUCCUCACAGGUCGCACAGCAGCGGCGCUUGUACCUGGGCGAGUUUGAAGCCCCAGCCAUAACGGCACUCGAUGCUGUUCAACAGCUGGCACAUGCAUCCGCCCUGCGCUGCAAAUUGGUCACACCUGUUGUAGAUCCUAAUGGAGUGGGGGGUACCGGCAGUGGGAGUUUAGGGGACGAAAACAUGGAUAAGCAUAUCGAUAUGGAAACACUCCUUCCUCUUAGUUGGGCAACGCGUACUCCACCACCUUAUGUUCCACUGGAGGCCGAUCUUCCUUUUAAACUACAAAUGUCGCGGCCGACUGUAUUCGCCGAGAGUCAUCAGCAGAAUCAGGCGUACCCAACAGGUGGAACGGUGGGUUCUCCCUUUGUUCGUGGGGCCCCGAUGAUGAUGUUUGAAUACAACAUGCAUCAGGGUGUGGAUCAUUAUGUUUACGAUGACGCGCCAAGUGCGCGGCCCAUGAAAUGGUGGUCGCAAAAAAGCAACAUGCCUUACAGUGGAUACAUGUACUUCGCGCGGAGUGGUCUCGUUGAUCGAUUUACACCAUCAGAGGACAUACCAAAUCCGCUUGAACCCACAUCAAAGCGCAAGCCUCUGCAUGCCGUUGUCCCACCAACAAAAGUUGUACAGGAACGUCUAAGAAAAUACAGACGAAAGCAACAGGAGGGACACAAGCAGAGAAGAAGGGCAUCAAGUGGAAGUGGAGUGAGCAAUGAACCCGAUGCAGUGAAUCGCCAAGAAUCCGUAUCGAGGGGAACAUGUGAAUAA